UCGUGUUGGUCCUCUUUUUCUUCCAACGCGAAGGUGUUUGGACGUUGUUCUGGCAGAAGCCGUUCAAAAUGGCUUUAAAAUGCCUAGGACAGCGUUUAUUCCUUGGACUGACACAAACAACACAUUCUUUAUUCAUUAACCAAGCAAUUUAUACCAAAGGAAAUGCUCUGGCAUUAGCACCGUGCUUUUUAACUAACAAACUUGGUUGUUUUAAUGUAUUCAUGGUUGGACAUUACUCCUCACAGCUUCAAGCUAGUGGGAGUGAUUUCUCUGAUGACACUCUCUAUCCUUUAGUGAGUGUAAAGGUUAAAGGAAGCGAUGAAGCAGUUCUGAAAAGCUAUACACACUUUGUAACCAGGGCUGCCAAUAUUUUAAAUAUUGAUAUCUCUAAAACAAUCCUUUUACCAACAAGAAAAGAAAGAUACACAUUAUUAAAGUCACCACAUAUUUACAAGAAACACAGAGCACAAUAUGAAAUAAGGACACACUCAAGGCUAUUACAA